UCAAGUGCCAUCUCCAGCUGCUCCCCCCAAUUGUUGUGUGGUGUUCUGUAUUUUCUUUGUAAAUAGUUGGAGUAAUGCUGCACCUGACGGGCCAGAGCUACAAUGCCCGCGACAUCAUCCGGAACAUCUUCUCGCCGCUGAUCGGCGUGCUGUCCAGUCCACAGGCGGACGAGAUCUGCCACCGGAACAACCUCUCCUUCGUGGAACUCCUGCAGCCGUUCGCAAAGUUGCCAAAUGAUGCGCACUUUCGCGACGUGUCCGGAACGAGUGUAUCGGUGCGUGGACUCCGUCUCAACUUCUGUGAUGUGGACUGGCGGCCGCCGCAAACUAUUUUGGCCAGGAAGAUGCUCAACGAGUCUGUGACCAACGCCCACAAUGACAAAACCAGACUGGCCACCAUAGCUGGCAUAGACCUUGAGUUACCCACAUCGGAACCUUGGUUCGAGCAGUGGCGUGAGACCUUUUUAACUGUGCAAUUUCCGGCGGAUCAUGAGUUCACCCGCCAUCUAUUAAGCUGUUUGCUAGUGCUUUCCAGCGCAGACCCCCAGAUCGUGGAGACCGCCCACAAACUGGGACAACGUGUGCAGCAGAUGCAGAGCAUCACGCCCCAAAAGCUGCCCAAGUGGUUCCAUCCCACCGAGGUCCUAAAUAGUUACGUGGUGCUGCACGAAGCUAGCCAGGGAGACUUGUCCAAGGCACAGCAGGGAUUCGAGCUGCUUAAAUCUACGUUUGGAGACAGCAAGUGUUUUCUGGUGUCGAUCAACUCGCUGGAUUCCCAGGGUGCAGCUGAGGUUCCAGAUCACUGGGCAACGUUUAUUAAAAGACAACCUAAAAGUGACGCAAAUCUACCCUCCACGGAUCUUAGUGCACCGAAAUCGCCACAGGAAGCAGUUUCUGUCAUAAGUAUGCCUGCCAUGCAAAUGUCACAGCUCCUGGAAGGAGUCAGUGCUCAAGAUAGCGAUCUGGCCAUGCUUCAUCCGCUGAGUCCCAUGCAGGAAAGCGCCACAGAGGCGAUUAAUUCGAAAUUUAGCAUCAGCAGCGAGAGUAUUGCCUCUCAAACAAUCAAUCCCAAUGUUUGGGGAAAUGAAUUAGAGCCGGAUGCACCUCACGGCGGAUGUCUCACCAGUCGGGACAUUGACAACCUACGACACUUUGUGCAGGACUACGCUGUUCGAGCAUUGAUUCCCUAUAUCGAGCAUCUGGUGGCUAUUCUCGCCGAGGGUGUGACGAACAAAAAGGGCGUCAGCAAGUCGCUGUUAAGCGCUACGAAACGAUGGUUUGUCACUAGCAAGCCGGGAGCAGGAGCAAACAAUCAAAAUGCAGUCAUCUACACCAAUGAAUCUGCUGAGCUCCAAACACGAAAGUUGGGCGAUCUCUACUUCAUGUUUGGUCACUACAAUUUGGCUUUCCAAUCCUACCACCAAGCCAAGCGAGACUUCAAUGCGGAUUCAGCGUGGCAAUACUAUGCGGGAGCCCUGGAAAUGGCUGCCUUAUCCGCCUUCAUGCUGGGUACUGCCCAAAGAAAGACAUAUGACUACAUGGAGGAUGCAAUUGUGUGUUAUCUCACAGUGUGCAAAUUGCAGCAAUUUGCUACCAGAGCUACGCUCCUCAGCAUGGAAUGUUUAAAAACAGCGCGACUAUAUAGUGAAGUGGCCAAGCAACUGAUUCGCAUGACCAACGAGGAAUCAGAUCUUCGCUCAGCCCUCUUACUGGAGCAGGCAGCCUACUGUUUUCUGGUGACCCAACCGCCAAUGCACAGGAAGUAUGCCUUCCAUAUCGUGCUGGCCGGGAAUCGUUAUUCCCGAGCUGGACAAAGAAAGCAUGCAUACCGUUGCUAUCGCCAGGCCUAUCAGGUUUUCCAAAAGCGCGAGUGGAGCUUGGCUGAGGACCACAUUCAAUAUACGGUGGCCAAGCAGGCCUACAUGCUAAAACAACUUGAGGAGGCCAGUCGAUCUUUCGCCCAUUUAUUAAGACCUGGAAGCCUUCAAAGUGCCCAGCAGCAGACCAGUUUCUUAAAGGAGUACAUACAGACUCAGAAUGAACUUGUUAAGCGAAGUCCUGAGCUGGGAUUACUACCACAUGCCUUACCCCAAGUAGUGCAAUCUUCCGUUCGUGUUCUUACUUUAGUGCAAUCACCGUCGGCUGUGGCACCUCAUGUGCCGGCCACUAACAUAGACAUCAACUCAAAUCUGACUGCAGAUGAGCCCAUUUGGAACAAGAUUGAAGAGAUGCUUGUGAUCACGGCUGCCAAUAAUAAGCCCUUUGUCUUUAAACCCUCGAGAUACUUGUACACUAAACAGCAGCCUGCAUUGGAAACUCCAGUUGCCGUGCAAGGUGAACCCAUUGAGCUAGCUGUAACCCUCUCAAAUAGCGUUCGAUGUGGAAUAGCCCUAUCCGAGAUUGACCUACUGUGGAAACUCACACUGGACAAUGAUGAGGUGCUCUCCAACGCCUGUACUUAUGAGGAAUCAUCGGAUAGUGCUAAUAAAAUAGCAGUAGGAGCAGCAAUUAAAACGAGCUGCGUGGCUUCCAUCAAAUUGGCCGAACAGGCCGAAGAAACUUUGCACUUUAAGCUGACUCCCAAGUUGACCGGACGUCUGAGUAUUUUGGGAGUCGUUUGUCGAGUAGCAGCCGGUGCGGAUCCUGCAGCCAGUCUCCUGGGUACCUUACAGUUUGAAACCCAAAAGAUCAGGCCUCACAAUGCCAAGCAAUCCUCGCAGACCGUUUUGGACAACAGAUUAACUAUCAAACUGGUUCCUCAACUGCCCGCCAUGAAUGUAAGCUUUACUCCCGUUCCCAGUCGACUGUUGGCUGGUGAAAUUGUUCCCGUUCAUGUAACUCUUCGGAAUCUGGGAAUUGCUCCGAUUGAAGAGAUCUAUUUGGGAUGCGAUAACCCUCGCUGUGUGUCCCUUUUGGAUCAGAACAGCCAAAUGCCACUGGCUAUGAUGAGUUCUCUUCGCAAUCUUUCCAACGACAAGCUAGUUAAGGAUAAGGAAAUCCGAGGACAGCGAGUUUACCGAUUACUUAACCGGCCUGGGCUGGCUGCCCUAGACGCCCAGCAAGUUCAAACCAUCUCCUUGUGGGUGCAGGCUCCACACCAGGCGGGACCCUUUACCUUACGCCUACUAUUUUAUUACUCCUUGCCAACGGUAGCAAAUUCGCCCAUUAAAUAUCGAUUGGUUCGGCAUAUUUGGCAGCUGCAGGUAGAGAGUUGCCUGCAGGCAGACUCCACUUGUGUGGUCAGCAAUGCAGUUACCAAUGAACUGGGACUGGAUGUGAACGUUAGGAACCAGCAUGAAGUGGAGGGAACGGAAGUGUACAUCAACUCUAUUUCAUUGUACUCCAAGGAAUUUAAGUUGAAUCCGGAUAAACUAUAUAUAAUGAACAGUAUGGGAGUCAGCCCGGGACAGGCUGGAGCACAAUGCCUCAAGUCUUCCAUUUGCUGCAAUUUCCAGUGCCGCCUUCUCGAGAAAGAAACACAAGAAUACAAAGACAUUCCAUCGAUUAAAACAUUGCUUCAUUCGCGACUUUCCCAUUUAAAGAUCCUGCCGGCCCAGCACGCUCAGCAGGUGGAGCAGCACAUGCCUCCGAUACACGACCCGCACAGCUUCCUCACCAACGAAGAAACGGUGUAUUUCAAUACCAACAUCUCCUCGGAAGAGUUCAACGCAAGCGUAGCUGACUAUGUACCGCACGCCACAUUGGUCCUAAGUUGGAGCGCCCUGGUAGCUAGGGAGGAGGGGCAGCGCUUGGCCUGUGGCUUGCACUUUAUUAAGCUUUACAAACUAUUUGAGACUGGGCACUGUCCAGCGGCGCCAACAGCUUCUUUCCUUCGAAGAAGACAUUCUUCUGACGACACCUUAGAUAACCGACGGGAGUUUCCACUACCCGAGGGAGCGCUAAAUAAUGAGGAUGCUUGGCAGCCCCUGGCGGAUGCUGAUGAAGAAGACUACUGGGAGCCCAAUGAAAACUAUGUGGGCCAACGGUGUCUACUGGAGGAUGAGAGCUUUGUAAUGGCAGUUAAAGCUUAAUAUGUUUGUCAAGUGGUGUCAUUAAAUCAUUAUAUGUUAUAUGUCUAUCAGUUAUGAUAUGCUAAAAAGUGGUAUUGUCAUUUAGUAA